UCUAGCAGGGCCGACGUGACGUGCACGUCCCUCCGUCGGUAUUCUCAAACCUCGACUACGUAACAACGUCCACGCUCAAACUCCACUCGCUGGCUGGUGACGUUCGGCGUUGCCUGUGUGUGGCCAACGUUUGUUCACUCCGCACGCGUUAAGCGCUCUUUUUUUUCCACGAGACUGUUCUGUCUCCGAAAAAAAAAAAAAAAAGACAAUGACUUCACGUCAAGACAUGCAUCCAGCAAGUGCCAAGUGGUACGACAGGAGGGACUCUGUUUUUAUAGAGUUUUGUGUUGUGGACAGCAAAGAUGUAAAAGUCACUUUUGAUAAAACUAAAUGUGCUUUCAGUUGUGUUGGUGGAACUGACAAUGUCAAACAUGACAACGAAAUAGAACUCUUUGACGCCAUUGAUCAAAAUGAAUCCAAACACAAACGCACAGAUCGAUCUGUCUUGUGCUAUUUGCGGAAAGAGCAGCCGGGCAAGUCAUGGCCGAGGCUUACGAAAGAGAAGGCCCAGCUGAGGUGGCUCAGUGUUGACUUUAACAACUGGAAAGAGUGGGAGGACGACUCGGAGGAGGAGAUGGGAAACUUUGAUCAAUUCUCAGACAUGAUGAAUAACAUGGGAGGUGAUGAUUUCCAACCUGAUCUAGAUGGUGAAGAUGAUGAGUCUGCAGACAGCGACGACGAAAAAAUGCCAGAUUUGGAAUAGAGACUAAUACCUACCCUGGAAGGAACGGAAGAUCAGCAGACAAAGGAAGCAAAAGAAAUCAACACUUUUACAAUUUUUUUUUUUUUUUUUUUUAAAGGCAGUGUAAAAAAAAAAAAAAAAAUAAUGUUGGCAGCCAUAAUUAAUUGCAUAGCCUCUGCUCUCCGCUCCUGUGAAGGUUGAUUAUGCAUGGUAACGUACGGAGCAGUUAACUCCACUUCCAUUUGCUGUACUGCACGUCAGGUAUCUUUGCUUUACUCUUAUUUGACCAAUGAAGCACACUUCAAUGGAUGGAAACGCUUGUCCUCAAUUGAGCAAUAUGUGUUGAUUAGAUUGACUUCAAUGGAAUUGUGGUUGAUGAUUAGUAAAACCUUUUUGUGAA